AUGGGAGGCUUUUCUAACGUUCCUGAGACUUACUGGGUCACAGUGUACUUUCUCACAGGCUGUCCCUCGUGAAUUACAUUUAUGACUGUAGCCAAAUGUUGAAUACACAACUGAGGAGCGUUACAAAUGUGAUUCCAUACCCUUAGGGGAAAAUAAUUGAGCACGUAAUUGCUGUGUGGUGGUGUACAAACUGGUUUGUGAGUGGCCAGAAUAGGACAAGAGGUGUUGAAGAUGAUCAAGGCGUUGUUGCUAGGUUUGGUUUGUUUUGUGACAAGGCCCGAUUCUAUGGAGGCUCAGUUUCCUCGAGUCUGCAGCACGGUGGAGGGGAUCGUCUCAAAGCAGUGCUGCCCUGCUCCCGGCUCUGAUCCUGCUAAUGUGUGUGGAACUUUAUCUGGACGAGGAAACUGCUCCGACAUCAGAGUCAGUACCAAACCCUGGGGCGGACCAUAUAGGUUGAGAAAUGUUGAUGAUCGAGAAAGGUGGCCUAUCAAAUUCUUCAAUCGGACAUGCAGGUGCUUUGGUAACUUUGGUGGCUUCGACUGUGGCCAGUGUAAGUUUGGCUGGGCAGGACCAAACUGUGACAUACGUAAAGUACCGGUGGUGAGGAAGAACAUCCACUCUCUGACUCCAGCUGAGCUUCAGGAGUUUCUGGAUGUGUUGGACCGGGCCAAGAGCACCACCCACCCAGACUAUGUCAUCGCCACACAGCACUGGCUGGGCCUGCUGGGGCCCAAUGGAACCCAGCCCCAGUUUGCCAACAUCUCCAUCUACGACUUCUUUGUGUGGCAGCAUUACUAUUCUGUCAGAGACACACUUCUUGGUCCAGGUCGUCCUUUCAAGGCCAUUGACUUCUCCCACAAAGGACCAGCCUUCGUCACCUGGCACAGAUACCACCUUCUCAGUCUGGAGAGAGACCUGCAGAGACUGACUGGCAAUGAGAACUUUGCUGUUCCAUACUGGAACUUUGCCACAGGGCAGACUGAGUGUGACGUCUGUACAGACUCUCUCCUGGGGGGGCGCAACCCAGACAACCCCUCUCUCAUCAGUAACCAGUCCAGGUUCUCCAAUUGGGGAGUGGUGUGCGACAGCCUGGAUGAAUAUAACCGCCUGGUCACUCUCUGUAAUGGGACCAGUGAGGGGAGCAUUAGGAGAGGUCAGCUGGGUGGCGCGAGGACCGACACGAGUCUGCCCACCAUGAAUGAUGUCAGGAGCUGUUUAAACAUCAGCUUUGACAACGCUCCGUUCUACACUAACUCUACCUUCAGCUUCAGGAAUUCUCUUGAAGGCUAUGACAAGCCAGAUGGCGAGGCAGAGCUUGACUCAUCAGUGAACAACCUGCACAACCUGGUCCACUCCUUCCUCAAUGGAACCAGUGCUCUGUCUCACUCUGCAGCCAAUGACCCCAUCUUUCUAGUGCUCCAUGCUUUCACUGAUGCCAUUUUUGAUGAGUGGAUGAGGAAGUCUGUUCCUCCAAACUCCAGUUUCCCCGAUGAGAUGGCCCCCAUUGGUCACAACAGAGAUUACAACAUGGUGCCAUUCUUCCCUCCUGUGACCAAUGAAGAGAUUUACGUUGCGUCUGACCAGCUGGGAUAUUCUUAUGCCAUUGAACUGGAUGCUAUGGACAGUGGAUUUGUGUUUGUGCUGGGGUCCACUCUGGGCGGUGUUUUCCUGGGUCUCCUGGUUCUUCUACUUGUCUUGGUCCUCUACUUGCAGCAGCGCAGGAAGCGUGGCUUUGAACCCCUUAUCAAUGCACAGUUCACCAACAAAAAGUACACAGAGGAAGCCUAAACAGUAUGUACUGUACACGUUGGGUUAAUAUCCUUGUUGCUUCUCAUGUUGAAAUAUAUCUCAGUACUAAAUUACUCGCGCUCUGUCAAACCAGACAUUGUUGAUGGGAAUUUACAGUACAAUGUAUUAGUGAUUUGCUUCUUCUUUUACCUACACUACCCUGUUCUUGUACUGUUUAAACAAUAACAGAGCAUACAGUAGGACAUUUUGUUUAUGUGAAAUGAUUUAAUAAUAUGAUGAUGUAUCCAUUAUUACCUAAGAUUGAAAUUAUCCAGUUUUUGUCCCUAACUGAAGAAUCCAUUAUAAUAAUUAUUAAAAAAAAAUAUUAUGCAAUUUAAAUAACAUUUUCAAAAAUUGCAAAGCUAUUAUUAUCUUUUUAACAAAUAUUUAUUUGCAUGAAAGAGUAACAAAACACAGAUGCAACCAUUUUAAUUGCAUUAAAAAACUGUAAGGCAUA